AGCUGCACGUUUCCAUUGCAUGUUGAAGUUGUUGCUGUUUAUUUAGUAUUUUACUUAUUUUUCAUUAGUAUUUUAUACAAUUAGUUGAAGUUAAUCAAGUCGUAGUCAUAGCGAACUUUAUUCCUGAGCGAUCAUGCCCGGGCCUGACUUGUUAUCAAGCCAGGGUCUUCGUUUAGACGGCAGAAGGCCAAACGAGCUAAGACGAAUUCGGUGUAAACUUGGAGUGUUCACACAGCCUGAUGGAAGUGCUUAUCUAGAACAAGGAAACACUAAGGUCUUGGCCGCUGUAUACGGUCCACAUCAGGCAGCUAAGUCAAAAAUGAACACAGAAGGGGUUGUUGUUAAUUGCCAAUACAGUAUGGCCACAUUCUCUACAGGAGAAAGAAAGAACAGGCCUCGUGGUGACCGGAAGUCGCAGGAAAUGUCAAUGCACCUGAGGCAGGUGCUGAUAUCUGCUAUCAAGACUGAGUUGUACCCUCGCUCACAGAUUGACAUUUACGUGGAAGUCUUACAGGCAGAUGGCAGCGCAUUCUGCGCCUGCGUGAACGCAGCAAGCCUAGCGCUAAUCAACGCGGGCAUCCCAAUGCGCGCCAUCGUGUGCGCCUCCUCCGCCUCCAUGGCGUGGCGCGGCGCCGAGCCACAGCCGCUUGUAGACGUGGGGCAUGUCGAGGAGGCGGCGGGCGGCGUGUGUCUCACCGUGGCUGCCAUGCCAACCACAGGCAUUAUAGCUCUCCUGGAGAUGUCCCACAGACUGCACAUGGACUAUUUUGACCUAGUGUUGAGCAGAGCCAUGCAGGGCUGCAGAGAUAUUGAGGCGGUGCUGGAUCGAGCAGUGAGAGAUCACCUGGCAGAGGGCUGGACUAAACCAGAUGCUUGAAAUAAAUUCGCAUUUAAAA